CUGUCAGUCAACCCGUGACCGUCGCGCCGGGAGGACCACCCCGCGAUGGUGCGCGCUGUGACGCUGCUGGUGUGCUGCGCUCUGGUCGCAGCCGCCGCCGGCGCCGAUCAGGUGCCGUGCACGGUGGACGAGGCCGGCACCGGCGGCGUGUGCGGCAGUCUCUCCGACUGUCCCGAGCUGGAGCGACUGGCCCGUUCAGCCCGUCCCAACACACCGGCCGUCCAGCGACUGCGCAGUCUCGUUGCGAAAUGUUCUCAGUUGGCCAGCGGCCGGAUCCAGAUCUGCUGUCAAAACGAAGAGACACGCACAUCGCAGCCACCGCGGGUGCAGCUGCCGUUGCCGCCCACCUGCGGUUCCCGGUUGUUUUCGAAAGUGGUUGGCGGUGACGUCGCUGUAAUCGGAGAGUUUCCUUGGAUGGUGUCCAUCCAGUACACCAAGACGCGGACCGACUCGGGGCUCCAGCACGGCUGUGGAGGCACGCUCAUCACAUCGCGACACGUGCUGACGGCGGCUCACUGCGUCAGCUUUCUCAGCACCCCCGAGUCCAACGAGCUGACGCCCGUCGCCGUCGUGUUGGGCGAGCUCGACUUCGACAGCGAAAUCGACUGUUUGUCUUUCGGGCCCACCACGUCCACGUGUGCCGACAGACCGAUCACCGUCGACAUCGAGGCCAUUUUCCCGCACCCGGACUUCCAGAACAUCCGUCAGCUGGCUCUCCCCAAUGACAUCGCCGUGGUGCGGCUGGCACGCGAGGUUACCUUUACCGAGUUCAUCCAGCCGAUAUGCUUACCGACCAAUAUCUCGGCGCUGGGUGACCCCAACCAAACAGACAUUACACCCGACCAGAUGGGCACCAUCGUCGGCUGGUGGCGCACCAAUGUCAGCUCCUUCAGUCCGGUGGUGCAGCGGGCGCGGCUGCCGAUCGUCAAUAUGUCUCACUGUGAGAGACGUUUCCGCCGCAGCCUGCCCAGUCGGCUGUGCGUCGGCGAAAGGCCCAGCGAUAUCAGAACAUGCCCCCGGGACCCGGGCGGACCACUGAUGGUCACAAAUCGGUUCGACACUAUCUUCCAGACGGGCAUCUUCUCAUUCCCCUCUGUCUGCGGCAUGAGAUUAGCCGUCUACACACGCGUCUUUGACUACAUAGACUGGAUUAUCGAGCAGAUCAACAAGUGAUGAUCCGUGCGUCAACGGCGGACUUUUGGCCUGCACUUGGGUGAGCUCGUGAUUCUUACAUCCAAACAGAUAUUCAUGGGUCGUCCGUGUUUACAUUCCACAGAUUGUGCAACAUAGCAUCCACGGGUUAGAUGUGACGCGAUUUGUGUACGGCUUACACAUGUUAUCAUCUUUCUGUGACUGGGGCUGCGAGUUAAAAGGUACAGAGUUAAAAGUCGUCAGAUCAGAUAGUGCAAGCGGUGAUUUCGAUGCGCAGCGUCACAAAUGCCAUUUCGUCACAUCCGACAUCAUUAUCGCGAUCGGUCGGUACCCACUUUUCCGGUUUCUGUGACUUUUAGUGCUCUUCCCUUGGCUGUGCUCGGUAAGAUGGGAUCCACGCUAAGCCGACGUGAUUGUGACCGCAGCUCCACGCUGUCAAUGCAUAGGCGGUAUUGUCUAUCUUGAAUGGACUGGUUGCUGUCAAGGUUAUGGGUGCUAUAUGUAUCGAUGUCAUGUAGGUACCUGUUAUAGCUAUAUGAUAACUGUGGAGGUAUUGUCAUGUCAUGCAAUGGUGACGCUGGUUUUUUGUGGUGACGAAGAAUAAUACAUACUGGACUUAUGCC